CCGAGGCUUUCCUCUUCAGGCUCUGUGUGCAUUCACAUAAAAGGGAGAGUUGGGAGCCUUAUGCCCAAUUCAAUGAAGAAUAUGAAUAAUUGUUACAACUAAAAGCAACACUGUUGCUGGAAAUAAGGCAUGUGAUGAAUUCUGGCAAAAAAAAAAGUGAAUUUUUGAGUUAAUAUAUUUUAUCACUCUAUUCGCUCUCAAUGACUACUGUUGAUUUCUAACGGCUGCACACCACAGCACACUUACACUCACACUAAAACUGACAUUUAAACAUUAGGGGUGCAACCAUGCAGGUAACCCUCAGUUUUUGGAUCAACUUAUUUUCUCUGAAAAUUAUCUCUUUAUUUUGCCUGUCAGCAAAAACUGCAUAUCACAGUAAACAAAUUCCAGUACCACUGGUGUACUGAAUAAUAUAACGCUUUUAUUUCAAGUUAAUAGUAACUAAACACAACCCUUUCAAACUGUAAAUUGCCUGUUAUUUAUUGACUACUUGUAUACACUAUAUAGUAGUAUAAAAAGAAAGGUAAGUCUAAAAGAAACAUAAAUUCCAAAAUAGCUAGUGCUUUGCCUAUUUUAAAUGAACAUACUUCAGUAUGUUCAUUUAAAAUAGGCAGAAGAUGGCUGCCAGGGUGCAGACACACAGUUGGGCAAGUCCUGAGUGUUUGCUUAAAAAGUCAUCCAAAAAGCAAAUUGGACCUUGGAUUGUGCUAUCAAUGUAUUCUUCUGUUGCUUGGAUAACCCUUUAUCUCCUAUAAAGUUCAACUUGUCUAAGAAAAAGGGACACUCUAACCUUGUAUCCAGCCAAAUGGAGUCAGCACAUGUUAUUCACACAGGUACUGGACUAUGGCCAUGCUAGGCUACCCCCAGGUGAGCAGGAAAAGGCUGUUACAGGCAAACCAUUCUCUGGUAUCUUUAAUAUCUUGCUGAUACUUCUUUUGGCUGGUGAUGUUGAACUAAACCCUGGGCCAGUGCCAGCUGGGCCUUCACCUUCGCUAGCUGGGCCAACAUCAUUGUUAAUGGGGCCUUCACCUCGGGCAGCUGGGCUAACAAUUUUGCUAGCUCAACCGAUGUUGCUGCUGGCUAGGCCCUUGCCUCUGCUAACUGGGCCAUUACCACUGCAAGCUGGCUUUCCACCACUGCUAGCUGGGCCUUCACUGUUGCUGCCUGGAUCUUUGCCAUUGCUAUCUGGACCUCCACCACUGCUGGAUGGGCCCUCACUACUGCUGGCUAGGCCUCCACUACUGCUGGCUAGGCCUCCACCUCUGCUAGCUGGGCCUCCACCUAUGCUAGCUGGGCCUCCACCUCUGCUAGCUGGGUCUCCACCUCUGCUAUCUGGGCCUUCACCACUGCUACCUGGACCUCCAUCACUGCUAGCUGGGCCCUCACCAUUGCUAGCUGGGCUUCCACCUCUGCUAGCUGGGCCUCCACCUCUGCUAGCUGGGUCUCCACCUCUGCUACCUGGGCCUUCACCACUGCUACCUGGACCUCCAUCACUGCUAGCUGGGCCCUCACCAUUGCUAGCUGGGCUUCCACCUCUGCUAGCUGGGCCUCCACCUCUGCUAGCUGGGCCUUUACCUCUGCUAGCUGGGCCUUUACCUCUGCUAGCUGGGCCUCUACCUCUGCUAGCUGGGCCCCCACCUCUGCUAGCUGGGCCUCUACCUCUGCCAGCUGGGUCUCCACCUCUGCCAGCUGGGCCUUCACCACUGCUACCUGGACCUCCAUCACUGCUAGCUGGGCCUCCACCUCUACUAGCUGGGCCUCCACCUCUGCUAGCUGGGCCUCUACCUCUGCUAGCUGGGCCUCUACCUCUGCUAGCUGGGUCUCCACCUCUGCUAGCUGGGUCUCCACCUCUGCUACCUGGGCCUCCACCUCUGCUAGCUGGGCCUCCACCUCUGCUAGCUGGGCCUCUACCUCUGCUAGCUGGGCCUCUACCUCUGCUAGCUGGGUCUCCACCUCUGCUACCUGGGCCUUCACCACUGCUACCUGGGCCUUCACCACUGCUACCUGGACCUCCAUCACUGCUAGCUGGGCCCUCACCAUUGCCAGCUAGGCUUUCACCUUUGCUACCUGGAUCCACACUGCCGUUAGCUGGGCAUCCACCCUUGUUAACUGGGCCAACGAAAACUUCAUGGCCUUGGGAAAGAGCUCAGGAUGUGCUCCAAAAAGUCUGCUGCCACAUGGUGAAUCACGCACACCUGUGUCCACACCGACUGCGUGGAUAAACUGCGGGAAAUGAGAUAAGCAUACUUGUCGUGCCAAGGACAUGAUACAUCCUGUACAGCGGACGAUCGGCCGCCUCAAAGUUAAACUGAGGUAAUGUAAAGAACUUUUGACCAAAUAUCAGGUAUAGCUGCACCCUGUGAUG